AUGGAUCUGCCGGCUACCGAGAACCCCGCCGAGGCACUGGAGGUUGCUCGCAGACGUGACGCCCUUUUUGGGCAGGCGGAGCCGCAGCAGGAGGAGCAGCGGGUGGGAGCGGGGCGGCAGGGCCCCUCGGGUUACGCGCGCACGGCAGAGGGGAACCCCCGCAGCGCCGCGGAUGCCCGUCGGCGGCUCAUGCAGGACCUAAAAAGGAUACAGUGCUCCUCCAACCCGCUCUUUUCGGCGCGCCCGAUCGACGGGGACCUCUUCCACUGGCGGGCCGUCGUGCUUGGGCCCGACAGCACCGUCUGGGAGGGCGGGGUCUUCAAGCUGCGGCUGGAUUUCACCGAGGAGUAUCCGUGUGCGCCACCGAAAGUUCGAUUUCUAACAAAGGACAUGUUUCAUCCAAACGUGUACGUUGAUGGGAACGUAUGCCUUGACACGCUGAAAAACGCAUGGAGCCCGACACUCGAUGUGGAAUCCCUGCUGAUGAUGAUCAUAUCAUUCUUGUCCGACCCCAAUCCAAAUUCCGCCGCGAACGGUGAGGCGGCCCUGUUGUACACAACGGCAAAGGACAAAUACGACGAACGCGUGAGGCGUCUUGUAGAGGCUUCGCUGGAUCAAUCCUUCUCGGACGCGGAGGAUGAGUGA